AUGUCGUCUGGUAUCGAGGAGACAAAGACCGAGGGCCAGGUCCAACACAAUGAGAAGCUCGACCAUAGUGAAGUCUUGACCAACAAGGACCUCAUGCAUGAGGCCAUUGAGGGAGAGAAUCAAGAGCAUCAGAUGGGUGUCUGGGAGGCAGCCAAGACCCAUCCCAAGGCUUGCAUAUGGGCCUUUAUCUUUUGCUUCACCAUUGUCAUGGAGUCCUUCGACAUGUUCCUGAACACCAACUUCGUUGCACUGACAUAUUACAAGCAGCGGUUUGGUGUCUCUACUGGUCCAAAGGAAUGGUCGAUCCCAACCCGGUGGCAGAGUGCCCUCUUCCAAUCCGGUCAAUGCGGUGCCUUUCUUGGUGUCUUUGCAGCUGGUCCGAUUACCAAUCGCUUUGGGUACCGCUGGACGACUAUCUUUGCGCUUAUCAUGAUGAAUGCGACCAUUUUUAUCUCCUUCUUCUCUACCUCUCUCGGGAUGAUGGUUGCGGGACAAUUGUUGGAGGGUAUCCCCUGGGGCUUCUUCAUUGCCAACUCUCCGGCCUAUGCCAGUGAGGUAGUGCCACUCUCCCUACGUGGUGCCACAACUGCCACUUUGCAAAUGAGUUGGUCUAUUGGCGGCAUCAUUGUUGCCGGUGCUAGUUAUGCAUACAACAACCGUAUGGACCAAUGGUCCUGGCGAGUCCCGACUGCCUUGCAGUGGCUGUUCCCCACACCACUUAUGAUCCUCGUCUUCCUCGCGCCCGAAUCACCUUGGUGGCUCAUUCGUCGUGGACGCAAAGCAGAAGCUCUUAGAUCUAUUGAACGCCUAGGUGACAAGGGUGACAAAUCUCAGAAGACUCUAGCCAUGAUCGAACGAACCGUCGAGCUUGAAGCUGAGAUGGGUGGUGCCCCAUCCCUUCUGGACCUGUUCAAGGGGACUGACCUGAGAAGAACUUUGAUUAUUACUGGCAUGUACGCAUCUCAGAACUUUGCUGGAAACCUGAUCGCAAACCAAGCGACAUACUUCUUUGAGCAAGCCGGCAUCUCCACGGACAAAGCCUUCCAGCUCAACCUGAUAAACUCCUGCCUCCAGUUCGUCGCCAACGCUCUUUCGUGGCCGUUAACCGCCUGGUUCGGUCGCCGUACCAUCUAUCUAUGGGGCACAGCUAUCAAUGUCGCCUUCCUCUUCAUUCUCGCUAUCUGCGGCUCGGUUCAUCAAACGCACGCGACUAGCUACGCCCAGGCCUGUCUCGGCGUCAUUAUCUCCUUCGUCUACGCCGGUGCAAUGGGUCCUAUUACCUACACCAUUAUUGCCGAAACCUCUGCUGUCCGUCUUCGUGCGUUGAGCACAGGUGUUGGUCGUGCCGCCUACUACGUCGCGGAGAUCCCUAUGAUCUUCCUCGCAUCGCAGAUGCUCAACCAGACUGGAUGGAACUUGGCUGGAAAAUGUGGCUAUGUUUGGGGAUGUACCGCUAUUGUCUGCUGGAUUCUGGCUUACUUCUUCUUGCCUGAGCUGAAGGGCCGUUCUUACCGUGAGAUUGAUAUCUUAUUCAACCGUAAGGUUCCGGCCCGGGAGUUCAAGACUACUCACAUUGACGUUACGGAGAAUGAGUAA